AUGUAUUACGGCUACUGCCCCGUGCGACCUUCCUGCACGCUCUCUGGCCCGAUCGAAGCUGGCCGCCAGUCGCGAGCGCUUAAUAUCUUUGCUGCCGUCUGGGGCGAGUGGGUGAGAGUGUGUGCGUGUGUGACGUGCGCAAGCUGCUGGCGUUUCACUCUAUUUUUAGACUCCAUCGGCUGGACUCUUGCUCUUGUAAACUACCUCCUGCCGCGCCUCCCAGUGCCAUGCGACACGACGAUUGCAGUUGGCCCUGCUAUGUCCAGCAGACCGGCCACGAUUGCGACAACGCCGGGCCAUCACUUGUGUCAACGCCGGGCCAUCGCCCCAUUGCACGCCAGUGUGAAGACGCGCCUAGUCCCGCAUUCUCGGGCCUCUGCGAUGGAGCCCAGGGUGGACAAGCACGUGCACAGCAGCUCGACGGCCGCGACGAGCAGCAGCGUGACGAGCCCCGUGAUGAGCGCGCUGGACGCCCCGGCCGGCGCCACGCUCUGGGAGGCCGAGGGCGCGCCGCACUCCAUCAUGUUCCCGUACGUGCGCGACCACGCGGACGCCAUGGCGGCGCGCGUGCGCCACGAAGAUCCGCGCGUGCACUACGUGGCGCUCGAGCAGGUGUACAACAUCUACCUCUACAAACGCAUCACGCCGCUGGUUGCAGCGACGUCGGCCCCGUCUCCCGUCCGACCAUCACUCUCGUCCUUGUUGUCCUCCUUUUCGUCCUUGGCGUCUCCGUCCAGUCGAUGCGGGGAACCCAGCAGCGACUCGACCAGGGGCGCGCCCGUGGCCAGUGCGCUGGACUUCCGAGGCACGAUGUUCGUUCCUGGCAGCGUCGAUGCCGUGCUGGACUUUCUGGCCAGCGAGACGCCCCGGGAGAACUACUGGGUCGCACUUAAUACGCUCCGAGACGUCAAGGCCGCCGCCGUGCUCUCUACUGCACGGCUCAAGCAGCCAGCCCCGUCCUGCCCGACGUUGUCGCUGACGGCCGAAGGAGACGCGACGGCGUUCCCGCGCUGGAGUCGCAAGUACAUGGCCACCAAGUUCUCUCUCAAGUCCAGCGCGCCAGUGCUCGACUGCUGCUACGCGGAAUACGCGACUCGCUACACGGAAACCAACAGCGACGGCCACUCGAGGGUCCACGGAUUCGUCUACCGCCGCUCCGUGUCGGAGCGGGCGCUGAGCAACUCGUCCAGAGUGUCGGCGGAGCCAUUGGCGAAAGUCCGAGUCCGAGGAGCCACGCGGUUCUACAUCCGCGACUGGCUGUUCGACGUCAUUGAGACGCAAGAUCCGCUCGUGUGCUCCUUGGUCUUGACCUGUUCCGUGUUCAUCCCACCGACGGCCGAGUGUGGGGCUGCGACUGUUCCGGGGCAAGACGAGUUCCGUGAGUUCUGUACGGAGAUGAUGGCAGGCGCUCGUCGCGCUUUGACGCAUCAGUGGAAGGACCACGCCGCACACGUUGGUGUGCGCUCGUCGUCGUCGUGGCUACAAGAGGCGCGCUGCUGUACCGUGUGCUCGGCGCAGUUCUCUUUGUUGCGCAUGCACCACACGUGUCGUUCAUGUGGAUCCGGCGUGUGUUCGAAAUGCUCCUUGAAGACUACGCCAAGUUCAGCAGCUACUGACGCAAGUGGCGACCAUGGACGUGGCAGAUUUGGCAGCUCGGUGGUAGCUGGAGGUAGUCGAUCGCAGCAAUGGGGAACCCACAAGCGCGAGUGUUUGCUGUGUGUCCAGUUUGGUCCGGACAGUGGCGUCAACGCGCCACGAGGUCGAGGCCCCGUGGCCAGAGGCCGCCACCUCUCAACGUCCAUGGCUUCCAUGUCCUCGUCGAUAUCACAAGGUUAUCGGGCGUCUUCAGGCGGAGUCGAAGCGUUCGAUUUGGAGCAGGAGGAAAAAGACAAAGUGUGUCCGGAUCUCGAGCUGUGCUCCAGCGCGUCGAUCUCGGGCUCAAGACGCCAGCGAAGCAUCAGUAGUCUCGGAAGCCAACGCAGCAUGAGCGGACUGGAUGACGAUGAAGGAUCGGACGAAGACGUCCGGCUGUACACACCGCGACUCGACCUGCGCGCGACAACAUCCAGUUGUUCACCCGAGUCAACCGACUCGAAUCGACGACCGCGCAGCACGCCAGGAAUCGUCUUGUUGUCGGAUAUCGAGACGUUGACUCUCUCAGGUAGUUUCCACCGUGCAGCCAGCAUGUCUGCUCAGUCAUCCGCCAGCUGGUUGGCGGCUUCGUCUUCCCGGUUGUCCGCUCACGCACGGCUACCAGCCAAGUCAGCAGCAGCGGCCCCUUCUUCUGCAGCUUCACGCGUGCAGAAGGUGCCUCACGACCGCACAGCCUCUGCAGCAGAUCUCACUCUUCUGACAACCGUCAAGCCUCGCACUGGUACGAGAGACGGAACGCAAGAGAGUAGCGCUAGUACGGAAGAAGACGAAGAUGUGUACAUGGAGGAUGACCUGGCCAACUUCACCCUUAAGCUGUUGUAG